AUGAAUGUCGAUGAUUUCAAAGCGAGUUUUAUCGGUAGAACAUCACAGUAUAUCGAUACGAUAUUGAAUACGUCUCUCAACGAUCCUGUAUUACUUCGUGUUGCUAUAAGACGAUGUCGACUUGACUGUGCAGAAGCUGAACGUCGUAUAGCAAAGCUAAAAGAAGAUAAUAAAGAAUAUGUACCGAAAAGUGACUAUACGACGCUUCAGCAAACUUAUGAUGAACUUAUCAAAUCAUCGGAACAAUUGAAACAACACUUUCGUAAUGCGAAAGUUGAAUACAAUACACUGAAAAAUGCACUUCAACAUCUCAUUCAAGAUCGAGAUAAAUAUUUUACAUUGUGUGAAAAUUAUCGUGCAACAUUAACACCAAGACCGAAAUGGGAACGAUGUGCAUCCGUUAUUGAACGUUGGGAUGAAUUAUCGAUCGGUAAAACAAGUAACGAACGUGUUGAUAUUCUUCUGAAUGAGAUCAUUGGUGGCAAUGAUAUUUAUAAUAAUCUUGUUCACUUUAUCGGUUUGGGUGUCGAUUCGACAGUCCCAACGUUUCUUCAAACAACAGCAAAUAUUCGCAAUCGACAUUUUAUGCAAAGAGAUGUUUCACUUUUGAUCGAAAAUAUCUGGAAAGAAAAAAUCGACUACGACGGGCAACGAGCAACUAAAGAAGCACCAAAAUCAGUUCUGGCUGAUUUUGUACAUAUUUACUUCAAACGACGUUUUCCCGAUGAUGAAACUUUACAAUUGGAAUGGGGUUAUAAUUUAGUAGCAAGCUGUCGACGAUUCAGAUCAUCGCCCGACAUCGAUCUUUUCUGGAGUGUACUUACAGGAAAAAUUAGCGAAGAAGUGCAUCAUCAAAAGCAAUUGCUUCCAAAUGAAUCCAAAUAA